UUAGAAGAUUUCUAUACGCGAUGGUAAAAGAAGAUUCGGAGAAGUGAAUAAAGGACAGAGUGAUGCCAUCUUUUAAAAUUGAGCCAAACUCCUUGAAAGUUUGAGGAAAAAUUCUAACCUUAAAUAUUAUUCCUAAUUGUACCACACAAUUUCGGUGACAUGUCACAACAACCUGUUAAAAAAAUUGAGUUAAAUAUAAUCUCGAAAAAAUGUCUACAAACAAAUUUUUGGAAAUGGACAUUCAAAAAUUGUUCGAAGCUCAUACUAUAAAGGAAAUAGAACAAAUUCAAAAACAAAUUCAACAGGAAAAUGAAAGGAAGAAAAUUGAAUUGCGGACAUUGGUUGGCGAAAGAUAUCGAGAUUUAAUUCAAGCAGCAGACACUAUUGCUGAAAUGAAAGAAACAUCAGAAUGUGUUGUUUCAAGAAUUGGUGCCAUACAAGAAACCUUUCAAUUUUUACAACAAAAAUAUUUAAUUGGAUUCAAGAUGGAACCUGAUAAACAAAUUUUAACCAGAGAAUCGCAACAUAUUUCUGAUUCUGUAGUGAUGCAGAUAAAAAUUUUAAUGGAUAUUCCAGAACACAUUUGGUCAGCAGUUGAUAGCAAAGACUUUUUAUUGGCCACAAAAGUAUUUAAAAUAGCGCAACAUAUUCAUUUUAGUUUAAAAUUUGAAGUAGGCAAUGCAGAAUUGACAAAUAAAUAUCCAAUCGUUGGUAAACAAUGGGGCAUUAUUAGUCAAUUUAAAACAAUUAUUUUAAAUGGUUGCCAUAAUUUGCUUCAAUCUUUGGAUCUUUCUAAAGAGUCAGCUGCCAAUUGUCUCGCAUCUUUAAUGUUACUCGCCGAUAUAUCUUCAACAGAUCUUUUAAAUAAAUUCAUCACAUUUAGAAAUCAAGCAAUACAAUUUAUAAUCUCCAAUGAAAAUCAUCACAGUGUUAGAAAUCGUAUAAAAUUGAGUUUAAAAAUGUUUAUGGAAACAGUUUCUUUAAUUUACAAUUGUUUUGUCAAAUCGAAUCAAAAUCAAGGACUGAUUUCGCAGCAUAUUAAUGAUCUUAAUCAAGUAGAAGCAACACAGAUGUUAUCACAGUUGGAUUUAGAUCAAGAUCUUUUAGAGAAAUAUCUUCCGUCCAUGACAAAAAUGCAUAAACCAUUUGCAAAAGUAGAAUUUUCCAUUGUUGCUUUAGAUGAUCUUCAGCGAAAUAUGAAAUCUUGGCUGAAAUGGACAAGAAAUUUUAUUUCUUCUGAAGUUUCUCAGUUACUUGAUCUUGUAACAUCAGUCAAGGGUGUUUAUGUGAUUCGCGAAGAGGCUCUGGCUCUGCAAGUUCCCGAAAAUUGGAAUUCCAUUUGGAAUGAUCUUUCCUUGCCUGGCGUCAAUUUUUGGACAGAAUUUUUUCAACCACUUCUUACGAAACGAGUAAAAGAUAUUGUCGUCGACAAGUGGAAAGAAAAUUUAACGAACCUACGAGCAAAUGUUUCGGAAUUAUUGAUUAAAGUUUCUAACGAAAAGUUCGAAUAUCCUGAACACGAUUUGCGAUGGUUUGUGUGGAAAGAUUCUCCAACUGAUAUUCCUCAAAAUCUCUCCAAGAAUAUAGGUCUCGAUCACAAGAGAUCAUUGCUAAUGAAGGCUAAAGGAUUUUCGCCGAAUAUUGUUAAACUUUGUGAAGAUUUUGAUCAGAGUCUUUACGUUCUUUUAACAGAUCUCGAGCAAUAUUUGUAUGAAACAGAACGUACGAGUGUAGUGAAAAAUAAUUUACUUGACAUUAAUAUUUCCCUAGUUUCCAAUAAAUUCAUUGAUCGCGAAGAAAUUCAAGACAAUUUACAAAGAAUAAGCGCCGAAAUGAUUAAGAAUUUCAUAAAAUUUAUAAAGGAAGAUUGCAUUGUUUUGCAAGCUAAAUUUGGAAAACAGAAUAUUAAUGCUAUUUUUUCAGCAAGAUUCUUACAAGCUUUGACACUAUUGUGUCCGAAUUUAAAUAAAUGCUUUACACUUUCUAAAACAUCGGGACUAAUCACAACGAAUGUUAAGUGGCAAGAAAUGUGUGAAUUAUUGAAAGAAGAAAGUAUUUUUGUUUGGUCAACUUGGGCUGAAACUUUUAAAAUGAGAAUAAUUAAACAUCAGGAUUGGUAUUUAAUGAAAGAAAUUGUUAGUGGAUUGAAAGUACAUUCGAUGAUAUCGGAAUGGGAGAGAGUUACAAUUGAGGAGGAGGCUGAAGAGGGAAAGAGAAUUAAGUCUGAAAUUCUUGUUCCUUAUCAACCAUCUGUCCAUUUGCAACAGUAUCUUUCAGCGAUCUGCAAAGAUUUGAAUAAGAUUGUGCCGCACAGCAUUCCAAAGAUUGUCCUGAAUCAAAUAAUAGUUGAAGUGGUACUGGCGGCUUUCGAGUAUUAUGAGAAAAUAUCUGCAAAUCAAGAUUUAAGGCAGAAAUUAGCUAUUCAAAUUCUCUUUGAUGUUAAAUACGUGACCUUAUUGAUGAUCCCAAGGGAAAAUAAAAUUCUGGGUGAAAAAUCGACAGCUGUCUGCGAUAAUAUAGUCUCUAAAAUUGAUCCCUUUGACUUAGAUGUCUUCUAUCCAUUUAUACACACAAAUGUGAAGAAAGCAGUUCAAAGAACAUUGCUAAUGUUCGGAAAUCUAGUUCCACAUUUAGAACAACUACUAUCCGUAUUAGGAGCGAGAAUUGACAAUUCUAGUGACAAAAUAAAAUCUAUGAAAGAUCCUCCGGGUGUUCUUGCUUUAUGCACUGGAGCUCCUUGGUUUCCUCCAUUGGCUGUCACAGCUCCUUCGAGAAAUUUGCCACUCAUCUCAGUUUCAAUGCCAGGAAAAUCACAGAAAAAGAAGACAAAGGAACAUAUUAGAAAUGAUUCUACAGGAGCUGCAAUAAAAUCAGGAGCAGCUGCAUUUUUUGGAGCUAUGGGAUCUGACUGGUUCAGUGCAAGUUGAUUUAUUAAUACUUUUAUUUAUUAUGUUGUAAAAAAUCAUGUUUUAUGUAUAAUAAAAUAGAUUUUUCAUAAAUUUCAA